AUGAAUUAGAUAAAUUAAAUGAAUAUUCUUCAACCCUAUAAUUAUUGCAUGUAUCCUUAUCGCCCACAAUUAUAUUAUAAUUUGUAUACAGAGAACAUUCAAGAACAAAAUUAAGCAGCUGCAACAUAUAAGCAAGAAGUAGUAUAAUGGUAUAUAUAGUUUUGAUAUAUUUAUAGGCUGUUCACAUUGGAAUAAUCUGAAUUGUAUAAAUUAUUUCAGAUAAAAGGAUAAAUAAAAACAUUUCCAAUAAUGAAAAUGUAUAUCCAUGAUAAAUAAUUUCAACCAUCGAACUAUGCUCUUCUUCAAUAGUUAAAUAUUAAUUAAAUAAUAAUAGAGCUACAAUUAAAUUAGAGUCUAAAAUAGAUGAUUAGUUUAUAAUGAAAACAAGAAUGCUUCACAAAAAAACAGAUGUACAUGAUACAAAUAUAGAUUUUAGGAACUAUAUGAUUAGUUGGUUAUUUUUGAUGAUGAAAAUUUUUUAGAUACUAUUAUAGUAAACGAACCUCAUUUAGAUAAUUUAAACAAUUUUCUUGAAUUGUUGGAUGAACUUUCUGAUAAAUAUUUUCUUUCUACUUCAGGGAAAAUAACAUUAGAAAAAGCAGAAGAUCCAGUUUGGUUUCAUUAAAAUAGUUUUCAUAGUUGUUCAUAAUGGAUUAUAAAGGAAUUCGAAAAAAAUAUUAAUUUUUAUUAUAAUAUCUAAAGAGACAAAAAAAAGAAAUAUCGAUUUUAGAAUAAGAUAAUUAAUAAAAAUAACUCUAAAGAUUUAUAGGAAUAUUUUGAAAAAAAUUUAGCUAAUAAUAAAGAGAAAGUAUAGAUAUUAAUCAAUUUAUUAGUUGAGUUUUUAUUUUGAAUAAAUUUAUAAUGAAAUCAAACAGAAUCCAUAAAAGUUAGAAAAUAUUUUUUAUGAUACCAUAUUUUCAGGCACAGCAAUUAAAUUAAUUAAAUCUUAAGUAGAACUUUCUUUAAAUUUUUAAUAAAAAUGUCACUCUGAUACUAACAUUAUCAAUUCAAUGUUAAUAACAUAAAUGGCAGAUUUAUUAGAUUAAAAAACGUAUUUUCUAAAGAAAUUUUAUACUUUUGUAAUUCAAUCAUUUUAAGAACAUUUAGAGAAUGAAUUAUUUAACAGUGAAUAAUAAAUAAAAAAAAAAAAAAAUAAAAAAAAAUCAAAGAAAAAGAAAUCUGAACAAACAGAAUAUAAGAAAGCUCUUGAUCUUAUUGAAUUGAAUUAACGUCUUUCAAGUAAGAAUAUAUAAGAAUCAAACAUACUGAGAUUUUAAAGAUCAUAUUCUCAAAAUAAUUUUGUAUAUAGUUAUGUUACUCCACCAAAUACUCCUUCAGCUUGGGAAAAUAGUGAUGAUUAAAAGUAUAAAUUAAAUUUAAUAUUAAAGUGAGAUGAAUUAUCAAUAUUAGAAAUAAAUUAAUGAAAAUAUUGAUAGACAAAAAAAACUUUAAGAGAGUUAAAAAUCUUUUGAUAUAGGAUAAGCCAAUAUAUCUUAAGCAUUUAUAGAAAAUAUUGAAAAUCCAACAAAUGAUGAUUUUGUAGAAUACACCUAAUCCUUAACAUAAAAUAUUUUAUAAAUAGUAUAUGAAUCUUUGAUGGAUGAAAAUGUCUAUUAAGAAGAAUUAGUAAGAGAGAAAAAAAAAAUGAAGAAAAAAUAGAAAACAAUUUGGAGGUCAAUCCCAGAGAGCAGAGACGAAUAAAUGUAAUUGUUAUCUCCAGAAUCUCAAAUUACUGUAGAAACUUAAGCUUAAACAAUUAAAAGUCUUUGUUCAAAUAGAACACCUUCAAGUUCAGAAGAAGAGUAAAUACAAAGGAGAACAAAAAAAUUUAUGACAUAACUAGAGAAACAAGAAACGGGAUCAGUCUAGUUUUCUAAUUAAAAAAAAGAUGGAAGUUUAAAAGAGUAAAUUGAAGUUAUCCAAUAAAGAGGAUAAUAAAAAUUAAUUGAAUAGAUUAAUUAUGAUAUAAUAGAAUUUACUGAUAACAUUAUGAAUGAAUAUGAAGAUAUGUUACCAUUUAGAAUGUUAGCUUUUGAUAGAAUUAAACUUGUUAUUUAAAAAGUUUUUUUUGGAAUACCUGAUGAUAUGAUUUAGUAAGUCAUAUAAUUAUAUAAAGAUUAUUUGGAUCGUGUGCAACAGGAUUAGCUUUAAUUGAUUCUGAUAUUGAUAUUGGUAUUAGUGGUUUUUAACCUAUGAAUAAAAAUGUUAUUAAGGCUUUUUUUGAUAAUUUAUUUUUUGAAUUCACAAAAAGAAAAUGGGUUAAAAAAUCAAAGUAAUAAAUUAUACAAAUUUAGUCCAAUUUUUAAUUCAGUUGUUCCUGUAAUUAAACUUGAAAUAGAUCCUUAAAUUUCUUAAACAGAAUUUGAAGGAAGAAAUCUUAAUGAAAUAGAUAUCAUAAAAUGGAAAAAAAUUAAAUAAAGGAUAAAAUGUUGUAUAAAAGUUGAUAUCUCCUUCAAUUUUAAUGGAAACACUUACAAUUCUCCUCAUUCUGGAUUGAUAACAACAGAUUUAGUAAAAUAAUGGAUGAAAGAAUAUCCAGCCAUUUAAUAAUUAGUAUUGAUUUUAAAAAGUAUAAUAAAAAAACUAGGAUUGUCUGAAUCAUAUACAGGUAAAUAUUAUAUUACUAUAGAGGUGGUCUAUCUUCUUAUUCAUUAAUUAUUAUGGUCUAUUCUUAUCUAAGAGAUUAUUAAGGAACUUAAAACUAAAUAGGAGAAUUAUUCAUUAAUUUGCUUAAUUUUUUUGUUAAUGAAUUCAACUCUUCAAUAACUGGAAUAGGUCUUUUAGCUGAUAUCUAAAAUCCAUCUUCAAGGUAUUAUUAUCGAAUGAAUUAUAGCUACUUUUUUAAUCUAUAAGAUUAUUGUUUACCAUAAUUACCAAUAACGAUUUUUAAUCCUUUCAAUAGAAAGCUUUUAACUAAUUCUUGCAUUCAUAUUGACAAAAUUUUUGAUUUUUUCAAAGUGGCUAUAAAUCAACUAGAUUAAAAAAAAGAAUUCUUUUGCAAUUAUGUAAUUUUAGGAAAGAAAAAGCAAUAAAAACUUAAUAAAACCUUGGGAAACUUUAUAAUUAAAUUAAUAGAAUCAAUUAAGUGA